AUGCCCCCCGCAAUCAUGGCUCACCCGGACCUGCGUAACCCCUACAAGAAAGUAGGUAUUGGUCCGGAAAAAGGCGCCACCGUUCUUGUCCGUGACAAAGUUGUCGUCUUAGAGCGCAUUCAACCAGGGGCGGGGCUAUGGGUGCUGCCGGAAGAUCUGACCCAGAUCAAUGGAUUUGUUCUUAAGCCUGAGGGUGCCUGUCUUGAUGAGUUAUGUAUCCCCUUGAAACAGGAUACCGAUCUGCUGAAAACAGUUGAUGGUCAACAGUGGGUCAACGCUACCGCGUUUGCGGAUUUGAUGGAGCAGGCCUACGUUGUUGACGAAGAUGCUCGGGUCUGGAGCUUUGGGGAGAUGCCGGCAACUCGGCAGUCUAUGUUUGCCAAUGCACAAGUACCUGAAUUUGAAAUUCCAGAUCGGCAGGGUAAUGUCGUUAGCUGCCAACUUGAUGUGUCCGUGUGGCAAUCCAUAUAUGAAGAAUUAAACGACCCCGAUUUUGUCAUCAUCUCCGCAGCUCAAGAUACCGGCGGAGAAGCCGUUGCGGGUCCAAUUUUUGAUGCGGCCAAAGCCAGUUAUAUCCAGAUUGUGGAUGUGAACCAUGCCAUCAGCAGCGCGUUCAAUUUCGUCAACGUACCGUCGGCCGCCUGGGUUGAUGAGACGGGCAGGAUCGUGCGUGUCGAUGAAGGCACCUACGCCAAAACCCAUCCUUUUGGUGGGACGGAUGCUUAUGCACCGGCACUGAAGGAUUGGGUGCGCAACGGCGCUGCAAGCCAGUACGUUCAAGCUGCGGCGACUGUGACUGAAAAUAUUCGCAAGCGGACGCCGGAACAGGAGCAGGCUGAAGACCUGACCCUUUCGGCAGAGGGAUCCGCGGGUGAAUCAUUCAUGAAGUUCCGUACCGAGUUCACGCAAGAAAAUAUCCUGGAGCCUGAUAUUGCCAUUGUCGACCCCCACCAUCACCUGUGGUUACGUAACGGCUAUACCUAUCUGUUGCCCGAACUGGCGGCAGAUAUGUCCAGUGGUCACAACAUUGUUGCCUCGGUCUUCGCGGAAUGUCACUCCAUGUACCGCCAGGGUGGGCCCCUGGAAGAACGUUCUCUUGGUGAAACUGAGUUUGUUCGUGGCCAGGCGGCCAUGAGCGCCAGCGGUGAAUUUGGCUCUGCGCGGGCGUGCGAUGUCAUGUUUGGCAAUGUGGACGUGAUGUUAGGGGCGCAGGUUGAACCCCUGUUAGAAAAACAUGUUGAUGUUUCAGGGGGCAGGUUUCGCGGCAUCAGAAUUUCCAGUGGCUGGCAUUCUGAUGAUGCCAUUCAUAAUGUUUCUCCAGUUGCACAGCUGCUGCUGAGUCCGCAGGUCAGCGCUGUGGCAAAAGUGCUUACUCGUAUGGAUAUGACCCUGGAUUGCUGGGUGUACCACACGCAGCUGACAGAAGUGGCGGCACUGGCAGACGAACAUCCUGAUCUGACGAUUGUGCUCAACCAUGUUGGCAGUCCGAUUCUGGGUGGUCCCUACCAGGGUAAGACGGAUGAAGUAUUCGACGCGAGACCGCAGUCUGCCGCCUGGAUCUAUGGAAGUGGCGGCUGCCUGGCAACGCUGGAUCGAUUUUUGUAUUGA